UCAGCCUGCAGUCAGUUGCCAACAACACAGAUUUGCAUGGAGCAGAUUCUAACGAUCUGGUCUUCUCGUUUCCUCCCCAGGACAGAGCCAUAAUGAGCCAACGCUGCACUAAGUUCUCUGGCCUCUGGAAGAUCGUGGUGUGGGAUGAGGAGUUCUUCCAGGGCCGGAGGCAGGAGUUCACCGCUGAGUGCUACGACGUGAGGGCGUGCGGCUUCCAGACGCUCCGCUCCUUCAAGAUUGAGAGUGGCGCGUGGGCAGGCUUUGAGCACGUGGGCUUCCAGGGGCAGCAGUUCGUUCUGGAGCAAGGCGAGUACCCUCGCUGGGAGGCCUGGAGUGGCAGCCACGCCUACCACGUGGAGAGGAUGAGCUCCUUCCGCCCCAUCGCCUGCGCUAAUCACCGGGACAGCAAGAUGACGAUCUUCGAGUGGGAGAACUUCCUGGGGCGGAAAGGGGAGCUGAGCGACGACUACCCUUCGCUGCCAGCCAUGGGCUGGGGGAGCAGCGCGGUGGGCUCCUUCCGUGCUCACUCUGGCGCCUGGGUCUGCUCCCAGUUCCCUGGGUACCGGGGCUUCCAGUACAUCCUGGAGUGCGACCAUCACGCGGGCGAAUACAAGCACUUCCGGGAGUGGGGCUCCCACGCGCAGACCUCCCAGGUUCAGUCCAUCCGGAGGAUCCAGCAGUGAGUGCUGCCAACCGCCAGGCCUCAGCCGCCCCCUUCUGCCCCUCAGCGUCUUACCCCUACCCGCCUCCCACUGGGGCCCCCGGCUCCGGGCCCACUCAGCUGUGCUCAAAGCCAAGCUCAAUAAAGGUGCACUUGUCUAACCAGCCAGGGCCGGUAAGUCCAGCUUAUUGCAGCCGGCUGCAGCCAGGGCAGGAGCCCAGGGAGACCCUCCCAGCGUCAGGUCAUGCAGUGGGGGCAGCCCGACUGGCUCUCUGUCCCUUGCUCCAGCUACUGGACAUGUCGGCCAGGGAGCAGCAUGUCUCCUGGGAGCUCGUUAACACAGGCAGCCCAGAGCUGCGGGCACACAGUCUGGAGGGCUGGCAGCUGGUGGGCAAGGAUGCAGCUAGUCACCACAGCCUAUUGUCCUGCCCCAAGGCGCCCCAAGGCAGAACACAGUCCCCUCGAGAGCAGGGGCAGGCCUAGCUCCAGGAUCUUCCCCAGUCCUAGGCAGCCCGCAGCACUGCCAGCUUACCGCUCAGCCUGCCCCUCUCUGGCCAUGGGGACUAAGGGAUAUUCCAGA